UAAACUGCUGAGCAAUAAAUUAUAAAAUGAGAUACAAUAAUUGACCAGUGCACGGGCUGUAUGAUUUACAGUAUUUAGUCAAAGUGAUAAAGUUCAUUCCCAUUUGGGUUCAUUACGAUGUUUGAACAGUUUUCAUUUUUGAACUGGAACAUUUCUGAAUCAUAGCGAGAAGUAUAAAUAGACCACAGAGAAUACGGCUAGACUGGUACUAACUAGAAAGUGAUAAAAUGAAAACAUUAGGAGAACUUUUCAGAAGUACUGUAAAUAUUUGUUUGGAAUGUGAUUGAAUUUGUCUCAUGGAUUGUGAAACCUCAUUACGAUUUACGUCAGUUAUGACAGAGAUGAUCGACUUCGGCAAACAUCUAAUUCGAACACCACUGAUAAAAAUAGUUUCUCUCAAAUUUUAUCGAUCUUAUAAAUUAGCAAGCAAUUAACGCUAGAAUUAUUGAUUUUUACUAUGCCUAUUAAUGAUUUCUAGCAUGAAUUAUUGAUUAUUGCCAUAUGAAUUAUUGAUUUUUACCAUUCUGUCAAUGUAUGCUUUUUUAUUGGGCAAUUAAUAACUUAAUCCAAUAAAUUAGUCUGUAAACUAGUAAGGUGCCACUUUUCAAUGGAAUUAUUUCUGUCCGAUAAAAAGUGCGAGGUCAAGGCUUCAAGGCUGUGACUGCUCUCCCAAUAUAAUAGGAUGACCGACAACAAAUGAAAAAACAAUCUGCAUAUCUAUUCAUAUGUAUGAUUUUCAUUUGUCGGUGACUAUCAGUCUAUGGCAGAAACUAUCUUUGUAGUAGCUAGAUAAAUUUAUUAUAUGAGCAAAAAUAAUAAUUUGUCUUACUUUUAUCAUCACCGAAACUUCACACUAUUGACCUUUUUUCUAGUGAUAUCAUUCAGUUAUAAUUCAGUUGUUUUAGAUUGAUGGUGGUGAAUAGUGUUGUCGUGUACGCUUGCAACAAACUUUGAUUAUUUGUACGGUUCUGCUGCAUCCUUCAGAUAAAUGAUGUUGAUUUGAAGUGCAUAUUCCCAAUAGUCGCUUGUUUAUGUGUGUGUAUUGAGAAACAGACGUUUAUGAGUGCUUUUCUUAUCUUUUAAACUACUUAGAUAGCCAUGUCCUACUGUUUAGUACUUUAUAAUGAUAUCGUCGACAGUUAGUUGAAACGUUUUCGCGGUGAUUGACACUGAGUUAUUGAGGAAUGCCUCCUUCUUUAUAAUAUUAUAAUCGAGUACUGUGUGGUUAGUGUGAAGUUUUGUAAAAAUGUCGACAACUAAAAUAAACCAGAAACCUGUGCGAGUGAGAAGGAUAAGCGGAAUGGAGAAUGACGUCAUCGAGGAAUCGGUUCAUCUCGUCGAGCCAGAUGAGAUCAUAGAAUCGGCAAUUCCGUCACCUCCUGACGGUGGUUAUGGGUGGGUGAUAGUGUUGGCUUCUUUCAUGUGUAACAUGAUUGUGGACGGCAUCGCUUACACGUUUGGGGUAGUGAUGGCGGAUUUUGUUGCCUACUACGGUGUUGGCAAGGGAACUGUCGCCUGGGUGGGAUCCCUCCUAUCUGGAAUGUAUCUGUGUGCUGGACCUGUUGUGAGUGCAUUGACCAAUAAAUACGGGUGUCGCGCUACCUGUAUUGCUGGCAGCAUAAUAGGCUGUCUUGCAUUUGUGUUGAGCAUAUUUUCUCCAACCAUCGAAGUGUUGAUGAUCACCUACGGAAUUAUCGGAGGAAUCGGAUUUGGUUUCAUCUAUCUGCCGGCAAUUGUUUGUGUAGGAUAUUACUUUGAAACUAAACGAUCGCUCGCAACUGGUAUAGCGGUGUGUGGAUCAGGUGUGGGAACAUUUCUAUUUGCGCCGUUUGCUACUUUUCUACUAGAAACCUACGACUGGAAAGGUACAAACUUGAUUCUAGGAGGAUUGAUUCUGAAUUGUGCUGUGUUUGGAGCUCUGAUGCGACCGUUGGAAGCGCCCAAAAACGUCAGUUGUAAGCCACUUUUACAGAGAAUGGCCGAUGAGAAGAGAAUACAGAUGCGCCGAGGGUCAGUAGUGAGUAGUGCUUCGUUCUCUAUUGUAAAAAUGGCUGAUGGAACGAUUGAGAAGCGCAUGAAGCCGCCACCAAAUGUCGACCCCGGAGUGCAUUCCAGCUUCGAGUUGGACCGCAUUGUGCCGGUGGCGCCCCCUGCUGCUCUGCCCACCAUCACCGAAGUUAAAACGGCCGACCAGAGCAGUCUCUCCACCAAAAACUCCAGCAGCACUGACAUUGAAAACGAGAAGAACAUCGAAAACAAACUGAACAAUGAAGAGAAAGACAAAUUGAAUACUUGUGAAGUGGAGACGCCUAUCCGACGUAACUCAACCCAGUUCAUACUGAAUUCCAACAGCAACAUCCCCAGGAACGACACUGUCAUCAAUUUGGAAAGAGUUAGGAGGAUUAGUAACAGUGAACGCAACAAGUCAAACCCACAAACUGUGAAGUUGUCGAGGAGUAACUUGAGCACCAAUGGCGAUUCAAAAAAUAUGCGCCUAUCAGUUUCAAGCAACAAUGAAAUGGAUAAUGAUGGCUCUUACUAUGUUUCCAAGACGAGUAUUGCUAAGAAGGAUCUAAUUCGUCCAAUGUCGAGAAAGGAUAUAUUUUAUUCGGGAUCUGUCAUCAAUUUGCCGGAAUUCCAGUCUCAGAGAUCGAUUGCAGGCUACCGGGCCAGUGUGAUAUCGCUGUCUCGCCGGUCGGGCAGAGAGGCCACCGUUUCAGCGGAUCGUGUCAGCGAUAAAAACGCUUUCGCCGAAAUAUUCUCCUGUUGUGCUCUGCCAGACUCCAUGAAAUCUGUACUAGCCUCCACCCUGGACGUCUCUCUUCUCAAAGAUCCCGUUUUCAUGAUGGUGGGUGUCAGCAGUGUGUUUGGAAUGGCCGGCCUUUUCAUACCGUUCUUCUUCCUCGUGGAUGCUGCACUCAAAGACGGUAUUCCUCCAGGGGAGGCUGCGUUUCUAUUGUCAAUUAUUGGAAUGACCAACAUUGUGGCCCGUAUUUUGAUCGGGUGGUUGGCUGACUUUCCAUGGGUGAACUCCAUGCUGUUCAGCAACCUCAGUCUGCUGAUUGGAGCGAUUGCAGUGGGCUUGGCGCCAUUCUGUCACUCGUACAACGCCUACGUCAUCAUGAGCAUUUUCUUCGGUAUAGCUGUAGCUGGAUUCAUAUCCCUCACAUCUAUAACUCUAGUAGAUCUACUAGGUCUAGACAAACUCACCAACGCUUUUGGACUACUCAUUCUUUUCCGAGGUGUUGCUACAAUUUUCGGUUCUCCUCUGGCGGGCAUAGUCUAUGACAUAACUGGCGCUUACGACAUACCAUUCUUUAUGGCUGGUAGUUUCUUCUUGAUAUCAACAAUUACUGGUUUCAUUGCUCCCGUUUUAAAGCAAUGCCUAACACCUGAGGAAAUGUUGGAUGUUCCGUUGGAUGUCCUGUCCCCAAUAGGAGAGGAUGACGGUGAGGAUGAAGAAGAAGCGGACAAAGAGGAUGUGCCCAAAGUGAAUAUUAUAUCCGAUGAAAGCAAGCUAUCCACGGUUGAAGUGAAGCAUUAGCCACAAAUAUUGUGUGUUUUAUAUGAAAAACUCUCCAACAGACAAGUCAAAUUUUAUAUUUUAUUAGGUAUGAAAGAUUGUUCCUUCAUCGAUCAUACAAUUUUUAACCGUGUAGAACUAUGAAAAACUUGAUAUAAUAUGUAAACUUCAUAUAUGUAUCAGUAUUUUGUUACAUGCAAUUUAUGUUUAUUACACAUGCACUUACUAUUGGGCUUUAACAGACAUCAGUGAGACAUGAGAGAUGUUUGAGGAUAAUAAUUUUCCACUUGAUCAAUUCUAUUUCAAUCAAACUAAAAGAGAUUUUAUAAAGAUAGAUAAAAAUAUGGAAUACCUAUAAAAUAGUACAAAUACAGUAAUUAUUAUUAAGAGUACGGUAGUUGAAAGUAGAAAAAGUUUCGAUUAAUUAUUGAACUAAAAAAAAAACAAUUAUUGAAUCCUUUGUAAAUAAAUGUAAAGGGUAAGCUAUCCAAGCUGUGACACUUAUAGCAAAUUUGCUCUCAUAGAAUUUUUUUUUGCCAUAAGUUAAUCUCUCAACUUUAUUUCGAGUUUACCAAAGAGUUCAAUUCUAUAAUAAUGGUAUUUUGCUAGAAGUUUCUCCAUAUAUGUACGAACUUUUAGAGGAUUCUACAUUCUACUUUCUCGAAUGCUUUUACUAAGACUUAUUGAAGCAAUAAUACUAAUAGCAACGGUCAAUACUUUUAGAGAUAGAUAUUAGUUGAAUAUAUUUUUUAAAAUCCAAUUUCAACUUAAUAUUAAAAUAUUAAAGUUACUCAGGAAUAAAAUUACGUAGGUUAUAAUAACGUAUGAGAUAAUAUUAAUAACAUCAAUUAUUUGUUGAAGAAUCUUGAGUCAUGAUUGUUCUUUUCGGUCCCCUAAGAACUUGUGGGUGUUUAACUAGGUGUAUAAUGUUUUUGCUGUAUUAUUAUGGUUCUUCUAUCUACAUAAAUUUGUAUUAAUUUACAGAUGGAAAUAAAUAGGAAGUCGCAUCUGUUCAAAUGCUAAUUAAUGAAUAAUUAUUAUUAAACGAAAUUCCAAUUAAAUGCUGCAAAUCACUCCGAAGACAACCAUCCUGUUGUCAAUAUUUGCAGUAGGAGAAGACUUCGGAGUGAUUUGCAGCAUUUAAUUGGAAUUUCGUUUAAUAAUAAUUAUUCAUUAAUUUGAUAAAUUGAUUGUAUGGUAUGGCAACAUCAACUUCUUAUUCUUUCAAUUAUUUAUUAAUUCAUUUUAUCUUCCAAAACUCUUUUAAAGCAUAUAAUCAUCAUUUCAAAAUUUGAAACUUAAAGUAGCAAUAACUGAUUUUUCAAGACUAAUUUUUUAAAAAUAUAAUUCGUUGAUGGAAAGUGCUUUCAUCAUUAAAAAUAUUAAUAUAAACCACAGUUUCAAUGUAAAAAUAUUACUGUGUAUGUAGUGACAAUAUUCUGUGUACGGUGCGGUGUUUUGCGAUUAUGGUCAAUUUUUUUCAAAUAUACGAUGUAGGUACAUUGAACUUGAUAAGACUAGAUUACCAUAGCUGCUUUCAUGUUUUUUUAUGUUCACAUAAAUUAUAUUAUGAUACUCAUCUAUAAUAUAAUAAAGGAAAGAAUUCGCUUAUUCACGUGCGGGAUAGGAAAUUCAUGAAUAACGCAUCAUCACGUCUGAACUACUGGACUGAAAUUUUGCAUUAUAGAGUCUUAAUCUACCGAGGAUGAUUAUAGGGCUAUUUUAAAUUCUUCAAGAUUUCAGUUUGUCAAGUUUUUUAUUAGUCCCUUUGCGAAGCACGGUAUACCUGCUAGUUAAUUUUUAUUCUGUGCAAAAAUUGAGCAUUGAUCACAAAAUUACAACUGACUGGUUCAACAUUGUUGAGCAUAACUUGAAGUGGAUGGGUAUUAUUUGAUAAUUACAUGUUUUAUCGUGAUGAUGACUACCGUACUGUAUUUUCUAUUGGCUACUUUUAUUUUUUGAAAGUAAUACUGGGUUAUUAGAAAUCGAGAGAGACAUUCAGCCUAUUAUAUUUUUAUUAAAUUUGGAUUAUAUUUUGAGUUUCUCUACUCUUUUACCAGAAAUUUCUCAAUAGAUAUUUCUAAAAAAUUUGAAAGAAUUAUUUACUGUUGAAUGAUUUAAUUAAUAAGAGUUAUUAAAUCAAUAAUAACUUUUUAUUAAUAGGUAGGCUACUACAAAUAUCCUAUUUGGAUCCACAGUGUAUUAUUUAUCAUUCAUAAAAUACUCAAGGUACCUACAACACUCAAAUGAAUUAUGAAACAACACUUCUAUGAAUUAAAAAAAAUAACACUCGUAGUUGUGCUGAAAUUAUUUGGAUUUAGAAUUCUAUUCUGCUAACUGAAAAUCCGCAUGACAUAACACCAAGGUCAUAAAAUUAAUUGGAUGAUCAUUCAGUAGCCUAAUUGGCGUACUUUAUCGCUUACCAUCCAUUUCAAUAAACCAAAUUACAAUUACUGCAUCACUGGUACUUGAAACAUUGUAGAACACUUCAAGUACAGUACUUAUCAGUAUCAUUGAACAUUGAUAGUUUAAUCUUCCAUCUUAAUUCGUCAAUUACGCCUUUAAUAAUUUUGUAGAAUAUAUAUGUUAUGUUAGUUCUCAAAAAAUGUUUACUAUUUUAUUGUAAAAUACCUUCUUUAUUAUUGUAAGUUGAUUAUGAGGAAUUUGUACACGUCUUGUAAUAAAUUGUAUAGGUUUGACUUAACUAGGUAACGCAUAACGAGUUGGAGCUUUCCAAUACAAAAAUUGUUUGUAUAAACUUAUUAUGCUGAGAUAUAGUAGGCCUAAUAAUAAUUCUUUUAUUUUGAAGGAAUAUACUAUUUAAUAGGAUUAUUGUAUUAUGACUGUAGUAAAAAAGUAAACAUGUAAUAUAAAGGUUGAAGGAUAUUAUACAAAUGAAUAAAUUAUUACCGUAUAAUAAUUAGAAGCCAAAGCAAUGCUUUAGAAAUGGCAUAUAAUGAUAUUUCACAACAAUAUUUUAUAUUAGAGUAAAAAUAAAUACAGACUGAAAUAAAUUAUAUGAGUAGGAGCAGAGGUACAAUUUCACGUAGUACAGUGAUUUCUGGGUUAGCACUUCUUUCAGAAAUUAAAAUGCAAUUGUUAUGAGAUGUCUACAUUAUAUAUUUUUCAGUCCAUGAAAUUGAGUUGAUUCACAGAUUUAUCUGUUGGUUGAAACAGUUUCUUAUGGAGUAGCCUAUAAAUUCAAUUUUGAUUUUAAAUGUUCAAGGUUUCUUUGAAAAAUAGUACUAAAAUAUGCUCUUCAUUUGCCAAUUUUUACAAAAUCAUGAACUUGCUAAAUUUUCUAAAGAAAAUGUCUGCUAUAUUGUAAUCUCAUUUUAAAAACAAUAUAUUUUUCUAAUAUCCUGUGUA